UCCAAGACUUAAAAGCAUUCCUCACACCGCAGAUGGAUCCUUGUUUGGGGCAUGGGUUAACUCAGCAUGGUACGUUCUGCCGUUUAAACUAUACAGAGCCUCAAAAUCGUAGCAGUUCGGGAUCAACAAGCUGCCAUGGGAAAUUCUGCUGUAAAUAAUUAACAAGACUAAAAGGGUACGGAUUGACAGAAUGGACUGAGCUGGACAGAGGGCACUCUCUGGGUAUCAGGAGACCACUGGCGUCAGAAAAAGGGCUGGAAUCUUGUCGUUUAAGGAUGCAAGUGCCCCCCAGCUGUUGACAACAUGCCUCUGUCAGAAAACAAGGUGUUCCAAUGGCCUCUCCGUCUCCCUGUGUGUGCCAGAGAAUGAGCGAAGGAUACAGUUCGGCAGCAGUUUAUCCAAAGCACUAAUAGUGUUGAUAAAAGGAAACAUUUUCUGCUUCCACUUGAUCCUCCCACAUUGCCUUGGACCACCCUGACCCAAUCAACAUGAGAGGGUUUCUUGCCUGAAGAGUACUCUUUGCCCGUGACAACAGCUGCACCAUGGGCCUUGAGAAUGAUUUGCCCAACACCACAGCCUUCUGGUUCCCCUCACCGUCUCAGUUUGACAGCUUCCCCCCAGAGACUCCUGCCGCCAACACCUCCAUCAACAUCACAAGCCCCCACUAUGACUUGACUAGCAAUGCCAUCCUCACCUUCAUCUACUUUGUGGUGUGCAUUGUGGGCCUCUGCGGCAACACUCUGGUCAUCUAUGUCAUCCUCCGUUACGCCAAAAUGAAGACGAUCACCAACAUCUACAUACUCAACUUGGCUAUAGCAGAUGAACUGUUCAUGUUGGGGUUGCCUUUCCUGGCUAUGCAGGUAGCUCUGGUUCACUGGCCCUUUGGGAAAGCCAUCUGCCGGGUUGUCAUGACAGUAGACGGGAUCAAUCAGUUCACCAGCAUCUUCUGCCUCACAGUCAUGAGCAUUGAUAGGUACCUUGCUGUGGUCCAUCCUAUAAAAUCUGCCAAGUGGAGGAGGCCAAGAACAGCAAAGAUGGUCAAUGUAGCUGUCUGGGGCAUCUCCCUUCUGGUCAUACUACCCAUCAUGAUAUAUGCUGGAGUGAGCAAUAACCACGGGAGUAGUAGCUGUACCAUGAUCUGGCCAGAUGAGUCUGUUGCUUGGUAUGUUGGCUUCAUCAUCUAUACCUUCAUCUUGGGCUUCUUGGUGCCCCUCACCAUCAUCUGCCUUUGCUACCUGUUUAUCAUCAUCAAGGUCAAGUCCUCUGGCAUCAGGGUGGGCUCCUCCAAGAGGAAAAAGUCGGAGAAGAAGGUCACCAGGAUGGUCUCCAUUGUCGUUGCCGUCUUCAUCUUUUGCUGGCUUCCCUUCUAUAUCUUCAACGUCUCGUCGGUCUCUGUUUUGAUUGAGCCAACACCUGUCCUCAAGGGCAUGUUUGAUUUUGUAGUGGUCCUCACCUACGCCAACAGCUGUGCCAACCCCAUCCUUUAUGCCUUCUUGUCCGACAACUUCAAGAAGAGCUUCCAAAAUGUCCUCUGCCUUAUGAAAGUCAGUGGCAUGGAUGAAGCCGACAGGAGUGACAGCAAGCAGGACAAGUCUAGGCUAAACGAGGCCACAGAAACCCAGAGGACAUUGCUCAAUGGUGACCUUCAGACAAGCAUCUGAAAGAUCUCUGCCCACUCAUCUCCUUCCUGCUUCUUCACAGAAGCCCACAGCAAGUCAGCAUAACGGCCUUUGGUCCUUCUUUCAAGGGAAUGGUAAUGCAUGCGAAGGAUUGGUUCAGGGGACAGACUUGCUUCUCGGCCAACAGCAGGCUGGUUUUAAGGAUAUUAAUCGAAAGGAGAAGUAUAUUGUGGGAGUGAUCGACUAGAAAUACUCAUAAAUGUGUACACACUUGUACAUGCAUGUUUGACUACAAGGGAUGAUGCAGCAUUGGUCGUAUCCCUGUGCUAAAUCCAUUUGAAUUAAUUUGAACUUUGUUUAAAAAAAAAAAAACCCUUCACGGGUCAGAUUUUCCACACAGGGUCUAGAAUUUCAAAAAAGCUCCAUCUCCAAUAUUUGAGUUAAAUUAUUAAAAGAAGAAUUUGGCUGGCACACAAAGACACCAGAAUAAGGAUGAAGGUGAUAAGUAUUCCACAAGUUCACAUACUGAAUUAUAUAUAUUUUUUAUCAAGCUAGCCUCUUUGCAGCCAUCACCACCCCUUUUAAAAGAUAGGUACUUUGAAAGGUUAGCUCUGUGCUUUUCAAGUAGGCAAAACAUUAAGCUCAUAUGUUUUAUAUAAAAUCAAAAACUGCCAUGAGAUAUUGGGAGGGAGGGAGGGUGGGUGCAGUGGUAAAUGAGUAAUUGCAUUAUAUUGCUCUUGUUUAUGGAACAGUUAAUGAAAUGAGGUCUUCAGAGAUGGGAUCAGAAAUCUUCAUAGCUUGAAUCAAAUAAGUAUAUAGUAUGCUAAUAGGGUGACAGAGAGACUUGUCUCUAACUGUAACAAGAGCCCCUUUCCAUUACUUCAAAAAGAUGGCAAAUAUGUUGUCAUCCCUCCAUCCCUUUGCCUCCUACAUAAUGGUUUCCCCAAUGAACAAUCUUUUGUCGAUAGGAAUGAUGUUAUCAGAGUCUGAGAGCAGAUCUCCAGCAACUGAGUCCAAAAGCCACAAUAUGUUAACUUUGCCACCCAAACGUCACGAAGUCAUCAACGAGCUUUUGAGUUCACCAGAACUCUUCAUCAGACUGAAUCUUGCUCACAAUUUUGUGACAUUUUGGUUGGUCCUAAUAGAGGUAUUAAUGUAUUAUGGAAUUUGGAUUCCCCUCCCCCCUAAUGCAUCAACAGGGCUGUGUCCAAUUUUUGUCAAAACCAUGAUCAGAGACGGGUGAGAAGGCAUACCUCGUUGGUCUUGCAUAAGUGAAAUAGCCAUCACAGAUCAAACAACAGAGGCAGGGCUUUAACAUAAUUUCUGCUUGCCACCUUUUCUUUAGCCAGAAAAAAAAUAAAAUAAAAACUGGCCUGGACACUGAAAACAAAACAACAACUCUCCAAAACCAACCAAGCAACCAGCUAUGUUGCAACUUCAGGUCACUUAAGGAAGGAGCCUUUACAAGUCCUCCCUGCCCCCCACAUACCAAGAAGGUGUCUUGAGUUUGCCACUGACAGAGGACUUUAAUGUACUAAGGACACUGUGGGUGGGAAAAGCCUGAGCAUGGCUUCCAUUUCAGAAUCUAUCACCUUGUGGAGAUUGCUCGAGAGCUUAACUUGCACUUGCUGAGAGAAGAAAGAAUGAGCCUUUAAGCCUACUUAAAAACAGAGUGGUCACAUAUAAUAAAAGCUUGAGACGGGGGUGUGGGUGGAGAAAGAGAAGAAUUGGGCGGAUUGCUCCAGUAAGCAACCGGGAGCCAAUUUCAUCAUCCUGUUGAUUUCCCUCUCAUUGUCCCAUUUCCACAGUGCCCUGGCCUAUGAUGCCUCCUUUUGCUCCUCCAUUCAAAUGCUUGACCCAUGAAUCCCACACCCCCACACAAUUUCACCAAGGUUUACAUGCAGAGCAAAGUAUGCAAAUUGAACCCACAUGUGCAUAAAUGUCCAAUUUCUAUAGAGUUUUUGUUCUCCUAGUUCAAGGUUUCCUGGCUGCAGAAGCUGACUUGUUUGAUGAAGAGUAGCUCUGGUUCUCCCGCUACCUGUCCUCAGCAGAAGAGUUUGUCUGUGGGGCUAUUUGCACUGUUGUCAGUAUGUUUCGGGGAGUUUUAAGUGUAGACUAUUAAGUUUUAUGACCUGGGAGGUUUAAAGAGCUCUGCCCAGGGAAGGGUAUUAUGACAGGGUUCCAGAUGGCAAGCGACUCCCACAACUUCUGUCUUGGGCUGUGAUUUUUACUAUUGAGCACAGGCAAGCAGAGCCACGACUAGAGGAGCCUGAUGAAGGAGUUGGCAGGAGCUGAGAAUUCCCUGCUUUACAGUAAAUGGUUUCAUUUAUCACAAAUCUCUGAUUGAUGAAAAAGAAACAGAAGGAAGAGCCCGCACCAUCAGGCUAUUAGAACAACAGGAGGAGCAUCCUGCCUCUGCCACCCUAGCCUCCUUUUCGGUUCUCACUGUCCUGAAACUUGUGGAAGGUGAACUUCUGCAAUGGAAAACCUUUUGCAUCAGCAGCGGUUGUUCCCGUUGCAUUUGAGACCCCUGGAAAAUCAGGGUUUUAAAAAUGCAUCAGCAGGCACUAUGGAGAAAGGCAACCAAAAUGAAGCCGUCAACUCUAAAAUACAUUCUUGCAACAAUUUCUUAGUUGUUUACAUAGCGGUCCAAAUGCCUCUUGCACCAGGCUGAGAUGAGGGGGUUUGGAUUGGGCAGAGAUGGCUUUUUUUACACAGCCCUGCCACCCUCUGCCUGCAGAGCCAUGCCAGCACCAGUCUGCUGGCGCAGAGCUCUCCCUUUUGCCCACUGAACUGCCACUGAUGGGCACUCUACUGCUGGCAGCCAGCGGAAAGAUUUCAAUCACUUUCAGCCUCAGCCAGCAUGCUUGCUUGAGCUGUUGAUGUGGCUCCAUCGCUCCACUCCUCGAAGACACCCCAUACAGCAGCUGGGGUUGAAAUUGAUGUGUCCAGCUCUUCAGCUGCAAGCUGUACAUACUUACUUGGAAAGUAGCCCCUCCUCCCACCAAAAACAGUGGUACUUACUUUUGAGUAAAUGUAAGUAGGCUCAUGAUUUAUGGAUCCUUCAAGCGAAGAAGCUUCUGCUCCUGUUCAUGCCUGCAUUUUAGGCUGCACAUCCCUGGGAGCAAACCCCAUUGAACUUAGUGGUACUUAUUCCUGAGUAGGCGUACACAGGAGGAAUUGCUCUGAAAAUGCCUCUGAAGCUCUCGCACUGUUAUUUGGGCACCUGUUGACUGUAGUUAAUGCAAACAGGGUAGACAGGAGAAGAGAGACAUUUAAAAUCAAAUGCAUACCCCAGGCAGUUUGCAUCAGCCGCAGGCACUGAUGUAAGCCUUGUUUUGGUAUUUAUUUUCACCCCCGAUAUGACAUAUGGGAAAGUUCUGACUUCCCAGGCAUGUAUUGUCUCUUAAAUAUAACAUGAGAAAUAAUAAAUAAUCAUAUCCCAUUUUUAGAUGACUUUUUUAAAAAACACCAAACAAACAGAAAGCUUUUGAAGUCAGAUCCUGCAUGCCCUAGUAGAAAUGGAAAACCCCACAAAUGUCUUCAUUCAGGCACUUGUUUGCAUUACAAAUUCCUCCCCACCAUUUUCUCUUCUGGGCGGAUAGCAAGAUAUAGAUAAGCAGCUUAAGAAAGGCUGGGUUGUGACUUUAGCCUGUAAAACUCUCCCUGUUCUUGUUGAAAAUGUAAAUGACAUUUUGGAGCCUAAGAAACAAUGUGGUUUGAUUAAACUCCUUUGGCAGAAAGUGUUGUUCAGCCACAGGGGUAAGAAACCUGGUGCUGUUGGGCAUCAACUGCAGCCAGACAGGGUGAUGGGAAUUGUAGUGCUGCCACAUCUGGAGGGCACCAGGUUCCCCACCAGAGCUCUGUCCUUCAGCCCCAAGCCAACCUUCCAACAAGCCCAGUUGCCCCAGCCACCACUCCUCCUCUACCCACGCCUCAUGUCCAGGUUGUCUAAGGGGCUUGGCUUAGCUUGGUGUUGGAAGUCUUAAGCGAGGCUGCAGGAGUAUUCCUUACAGCUACAAUGCUAUCACUGCAGCUUCCUCUUGCAAACAGGCAAAGCAGAGGGGUUUCGCCUCCAUCCAGCGCACAACGUCUUACCACAUUUGGUGCCUCAUGCGGUGGAAUUAUUUUAUUAUCUCUUUUGGUCUCAGAGGAUGUGCAUUCUUAGAUCUUCUUUAUUAAGGGAAGUAAAUAUUAACUGAGGCUUUGUAGUGACUGUGUAGAAUAUGCCAGUGAGGAUUAAAUGGGAGCUCAGCAUAUUACAUUAAGAUGAAAAAAUCGCCUUGUGGCUGCUAGGUGCUGAUAAAGGCGCUUUCUUUUUAUUAGAUAAUGGCUUAAUGUUGUGGCCACAAGAUUGCGUCAGAGUGGCUUUAGUACUUUAGUAGGAAGUGGGUAACACAGGAGCGUAUUUGCAGAGAGAGAGAGGAGGACUUUUGCUCCACCAUUGGCCUGACUACUAAAAUACAGCCAUGCUCUCCUAUUCAGAAAUUUGCACAUCUCAUUUUAUGUUGCAUACAACAAUCGAAUGGCCUGGUGUGGCUACUCAGAAGGUGAGAAAGAUGGAAGACCUCGUGUUGUAGUAUGUGGAAUAUACUGGCAGCAACAGAAAGAUGGGGUGUUGGUUCAGGGAUGAAUAAGCAACAGCUUAGAUGACCCCUGUCCGAGGGGAAGGCGGAAUUCAGUGACAGGUGCACAGCAGAGCUGGGAGUGAUAGAACCUUGCAAGUACAGCUGGCUUGUUUCUCAGUCAGAAGGGGAAAGAGGUUCUGGCAAGCCAGAAUGGAUGGAAGAGUUGUUAGGCUCGGAGGUCAGAAAAGGAUGCCAGUUUAAUCAUUCACCGAAAGAACCUGCUAAUAUUUUAAUCAGGUGCUUAUGCAUGGUAAAUGCUGAUCUUCUAUACAACUCUGUAAAGCACUGUAGCCCUUUUGAAAAAAACGGUGAGCUCUAUGUGGAUUGUUCAGUUGGCCAGUCUGGGCACAUUUCACUUCAUGCAUCCUUGUAGGUUCCUGUUGUGCAACACAGUAAUACCAAUGUUGUUUGUCUGUUCUGUAAACCACACCUGAUUUGGGGGGGAUCUCACUAGACUGCGGUCAUUUCUGUGAUUCUGUACUCAGAAGACUUCCAUUGAAAGUUUUCAAGUCAACCAGGUUCAAAGCAUUUUAAUCUGUUGUUAAUCUCUGGCAGUUGACAUAUUGGGAACCCAGGAGCUGUUUCUCCCACGCAAUUUCCUUAUGGCAGUCUUAACGAUAAUAUUAUUUUGAUCUCCAAUCUGAAGAGAUCAAGUAGUAGCACUCAGUGUUCAUGGCAUACCCAUAUAGAGUUUAUCUGCCAAAUAUUCCCAAAAUGCCCACAAAGCUCUUUUGUGCUGGUGGCAUUUUUAGCUGCUUGGGGAAUUAAAGAUAGUGGUUUCACAGCCCACCCAUUUCCUGCUUUGAGGGAUUCCUUAGUGGCUAUCACUUUUAUAUAUCACACCUUGGACCUCACAGCUGAAUUGCUCCCAAUAGAGUCCUCCCUCUCAGAAACAUAUAACGGCCAAGAAAAGUUUGUCCAAAGAACAUUCAGUACUUUUAGAGCUCUAGCAUCCUCUAGCUGUGUGGAGAGAAUAGCAUCCUUGUUUCCUUUAAUAGCAUGUUCACCUUGCCACUCCACUGCUUUUCACUAUAAGGGCACUUCCAGGUAACCCUAACCCUAACUGAGAUUUGUUUGCAAGGAGAUCAGAUAACGUUGGCUGUUUUAUUGAGCAUUCUUUCCGAUUUAUUUGCAGGAAGGGCAUAGAUGCAGUUGCAUCAAAAGAAUAAUAUGUAAUAUCCUACGCUUUCCUUAUUGCAAAUAAGGCUGUUAUUCGGGGGGGGGGAGUGGGUUUGUUGCACAACCAUUGCAAAUCAGCUUUAAUGGUGCAACCUGAAUUUGCCCAUAUGUGAUUGAAUCCCACCCCAAAAUAGCAACUGUCAGGAAACAUCCAAAGAGGAAAGCAUACGUGUUCACAUCUUUUGAGAAGUAUCAGGAAAAGGAGGCCAGCUUUAAGUGUUUAUUUAGGUGGUCACCUAAUGAAAUAUUUACUGCCCUGCCUCUCCCCCCUCCAUCCAUUCUCCUUUGAGAAUUUAAAGGAUCUGAACAAGAAAGAAGAAUCCUUAGCGAUUUGUUAGUCCUAUCUAUGAUUCCUUUAGGGCAGUGUUUUCCAAAUGGUAUUCCAGGGAACUCUGGGAUUUUCUGCAGGUUCCUGAAUUAGAAGAUCAAUAAUAGUGGGCUUGCUUCUCUAGAAGAUAGGGAGUGGUGGACAAGCCAUCUUCCCCUUCAUUGUGCAAUAUUGGGUUGCAUCUCACUGGGUUUUGUUUCAAGUUUGUAGAUGUAGGGUCAUUGUGCAAAGUUCUUGUUCUUAUGUGGUGGGAAUUAUGAAAGGUAUGCACAUCUUUGAUUUAGGACUGAAAGGGUGACGUAUGCACUAGACAGCAAGGCUCCUGUAUCUUUACCCAAUCGUUCUAUAUAUAAG